AACAAGUGACUGUGGUGAAAGUAAGAAUCUUAUUUAAAUUUUGCAUUCUAUUUUGAACUAAAAAAUGGAGUAAAACAAAAGCGGUAAUCAAAGAAGUUAGACAAUCUUUGACUGGUUGUGGCAGCCACUAUGUCGAUGGCAUUACACUCGUUUAUCUUUUUGAGUUGAGGCGAACAGACUAAAAAUUAAAAAUGUCUAUCUAAUUUUCCAUGCUGCCUGGUUUUAAAAUAAUGGCUGAUGGAAAACAGGAUGACCCUAAUGCUGUUCGGACCAAGAAAAUAGAAGUGGAAUACCGCCAAACACUAAUACGGAAAAAAGAAUACACAAACACAAACAUUGAUGGAUUGCUUUGGAGUCAGAAUUUACCAACAGAUGAUGUUGGAACUCAUUUUGAGGCAACUGACGGGACUGUGAACAUCAGCAAUGACUUGCCUCCAUCACCAACACAUGUUACACCACCAUUGAGGAUAGAGUUGAUUGGUGAUGAAAAUGUAUUCGCAGCUGAAGUUGUCAACAGCGAAACUACAUCAAGCAAGAGUGUCAACACUGAUGAACACUUACAUCUUCCUCUAGCAAGUGUUGGGACAACAUCAAUGAGCAACGAGUUUAAUGGCCAUCCCAAUUUUCUUGAAGAUGACAGUCAGGCUUCAGGUGCUUCAGGUCAUACCACACAUUACCAACAUUUCAUGAACUAUGAAAAUCUUGACUGGGAGGAACUUUUGGAAGACAAUGAUUCUUACCAGAAAUCUAUUAGUGAAUCAUCCAUCCCAGAUAACGUCAAUGAUUGGCUGGUCAAUUUAAAUGAUGAGAACAUUGAUGUUUCUCAUGAAGAAGCUGUGAGACGGAGUCUUGCUGAAUGGGUACUGGAUUGCAACAUACCAAGAGCUCAUGUUUCGAACCUAUUGAAGCGUUUAAAGCAACAAAACCUGUUUGUUUACACUUAAAAUCUAUUGACAUCCAAGAAAUAGUUGUUAGUGAGUUGUCGUCGAUUGUUCAAGCUUGGCCAAUUUCGUUGAUGGAAUGUAAAAUGCUGAGAAUUCCCAUGCAAUUGUCUAAAAAUGGUUUUUUUUUGUGUCACCUCUUUGUUCUAGCUCGUUUGCUUAAUGAUAAUUGAUUGAAAUGUUGUAAUGUUAUUUAUUCAAAUGUUGCAAGACAUAAAAAUACAAGUGGAAAAUGUAGAAAGCUUUGACAUUUUGAAUUUGCCGCAAUAUUUUUUAUAAAGUACGUCAGCGCCGUAAGUUAUCUUUUUUAAAAAAUAAAUAAAUAUUUGAAUUUGUCAUCUAAUGGACGUAACUUGUACACACAGAAAAUAUAUCCAGUUUGUGUCAAAUUAGCACGUCUAUUAGACAGGUAAAACUAAUACAAAAUAGACAAGAUAGCAACAUCGUAAAAAGACGUGAAAAAUACGCACUAUCGUCGUAUUUUUUGGACGAAAAAUAGACGCGACGGAGAAUGGAUGAACAUACGUCGCAUAGGCGGAUAUCAGACCAGCCGUGUUAG